AGGGGAGAGCGGCGAGCGGAGGUCUCAGCGCAAAACUCCUGUUGCCUGAGGACGCCCAGAAGAGGAGGGAGGGGAAAAAGCAGGAGUCAGGCAUGGCUCUUUCUCAGACUCAGUUGACCAUCAAGGAUGUGAACAUCAGGUUCACUCCAGAGGAGUGGGAGUGCCUGGACCCUGCUCAGAGGGCCUUGUACCGGUACGUGAUGGAGGAGACCUACAGGAAUCUGCUGUCUGUGGAUACGUCUCAAAUACAUAUGGUCAAGAAAUUCCAAGGAAAAAGAAACAGUGGAAAAGGAGAAAUUACUCAAAAAGUGAUGUUGGGAAGAGCUGAAAGCCAUGAAAUCAAAGAUGACUUCCUCGGGAAGAUACAGGAAGCUAUACAUGAUUUUGAGAGUCUGUGGACAGGUAAUGAAAGAAAUGACAAAGGAAUGUCUAUAUCCCAUAACAGAAAUCUCACUGAUGGAAGAGAUCAGAGUAGAAAUGAUACAGGAAAUAAGUCUGUUGAAAGGCAUGAAUCAAGCUUUCAAGAUGAAUUGCAGAUAGUUCAAUCUGAAGGAACAAUUUUUGAAUGUAGUCAAGUUGUGACGAAUAUCAACAGUAGCGCCUCAGGUUUGCCACCUCAGAGAACUCGUGUCCACAGAGGCAUUUCUCAUAAACAUGAGAGUGCUGUCACACAUCCCUCAGAACAGGCACCAGACCAGGAAGCAUACAAGAAAAACCCUAAUGAGUGUGACUCAACCUUUCUUCAGGACUCAAAACUCCCUAGACAGGAAAGAAUCCAUAUAGGAAGGAAACCAUAUAAAAGUGACAUAUGUGGCAAGGCCUUUAAUGAUAAUGCAACCCAUGCAGUUCAUCGGAGAAAUAAUACAGGAGAGAAACCAUAUAAAUGUGAUGUAUGUGGCCACUGCUUUAAACAGAAUAUACACCUUCAAAAUCAUUGGAUAAUUCACACUGGAGAGAAACCAUAUAAAUGUGAUGUGUGUGGCUGCUGCAUUAAACGAAAUACAUCUCUUCAAGUUCAUCGCAGAGUUCAUACUGGAGAGAGACCAUAUAAAUGUAAUGUUUGUGGCCACUGCUUUAAACAGAAUACACACCUUCAAAAUCAUCAGAUAAUUCACACUGGAGAGAAACCAUAUAAAUGUGAUUUGUGUGGAAAGGCCUUUAGUCGAAAAGCAAGCCAUACAGUUCAUCAGACCCUUCAUACUGGAGAGAAACCAUAUAAAUAUGAAGUAUGUGGCCAUGGCUAUACUUAAAAGUCACAACUUGUAGUUCAUCGGAGAGUUCAUAUUGGCGAGAAGCCAUAUAAAUGUGAUGUGUGUGGCAAGGCCUUUAGUGUAAAUGCAAGCCUUUCAGUUCAUCGAAGAAUUCAUACUGGAGAGAAUCCUUAUAAAUGUGAUGUAUGUGGCCGUGGCUUUACUGAAAAGGGAUAUGUUGGAAUUCAUCGGAGAGUUCAUACUAGGCAGAAACCUUACAAAUGUAACGAUUGUGACGAAAGUUUCAGUACACGGUCAUCCUUAACUAAACAACAGGCAGUUCAUAACAGGAGAGAAAGCAUGUAAAUGUACUUUAUGUGACAAAGUCUUCAGUUCCAGGCAUUACUUUGCAGUUCAUCAGAGAACUCAUACUGCAAAGAGACCAUGUAAAUGUGAUGUGUGUGGAAAGGCCUUUUCUCUCUCUCUCUCUUUCUCUCUAGUUGGAAAGCAAGCCAUGCGCUUCAUCAGAUUCUUCAUACUGGAGAUAAACCAUAUAAAUGUGAUGUAUGUGGCCAUGGUUAUAGUCGAAGCACAGAACUUGCAAUUCAUCAGAGGGUUCACACUGGAGACAAACCAUAUCAAUGUGAUGUACGUGGCAAGGCCUUUAGUAUAAAUGGAAACCUUCCACUUCAUCGGGAAAUUCAUACUGGAGAGAAACCUUACAAAUGUAACAGUUGUGACAAACAUUUUAGUGCACCAUCAUCCUUAAUUCGCCAUUAGGCAGUUCAUAUAAAAGAGAAAGCAUAGAAAUGUAAUUUUGUGGAAGAGUCUUCAGUUCCAGCUCUUACUUUGCAGUUCAUCAGAGAACUCAUAUUGGAGAGAAACCAUGUAAAUGUGAUGUAUGUGACAAGACAUUUAAUCAAACUGCAAAACUUGGAAUUCAUCAGAGAAUUCAUACUGGGGAGAAACCAUGUAAAUGUGAUAUGUGUUGCAAGGCUUUUAGUCAUACUGGAAGCCUUGCAGUUCAUCCUAGAAUUCAUUCUUGGGAGAAACUUUAGAAAUGUAAAAAUUAUGACAAACAUCUUAGUGAACAGUCAGCUUUAACUCACUGUCAUGUAGGAGAGAAAGCAUAGAAAUGUGCUGUAUGUGGCCAGUGCUAUUUGAAACACUAUCUUAGAAGUCAUCAGAUAAUUCUUAGUGGAGAAAAAUGUACAAAUGGAACAUUGUGAUAAACAUUUAGUGCGAAUGUAAUGAGUGUGGCAACACCUUUAAUCUGAGUUCAGGCAUUAUAAUUCAUCAGAGAAUUCAUACUGUAUAGAAAGCAUACAGAUGAAAUGAAUGUGGCAAAGCUUCUAGUGCUUGCUCAGCCUUAACUGACCGUUAGGUGGUUCCUAGAGGAGAUAAACCACAUAAAUGUAAUAUAUGUGACAAACCCUUCAGUCACAAGGAAUGACUUUGCAGAUCGUCUGAGAGUCCAUGUCAAUGAAACCUUACAAGUGUAGUAAAUGCAGUAAAGUAUAUCAACUUUUUGACACUCAGAAAAGUCAAAUGAAAUGUGCAAGGUGUGGCAAAGCUUUGAUUCUGUGUUCAGACAUAAUUAACCAUCAGGUAAUUAAUUAGAACUGAAUUCUUACCCACGUAGUGUGUGUUUUAUGUGUUUUGGAAGACAUUUGGUUUUUACAAAAUUGAUCCUGGUGAGAAGCUGUACAUUUAGAGCGCAGUCAGUCCCUCCAGUCUAGAUUGGAGGGGGUCAUAUAAUGCGUGUGGCCAGAGCUUCAGUAAUAGGCUGAUCAUUCCCAUCAUCAGAUUAUUCAUAAUAUGGAGAGACCUUACAAGUGUACAAGGGUGGCAAAUCCUUUACGUGGCAGUCAGGCCUAAAAAGACAUCAGGUGAUCCAUACUGGAGAGAACAUCCAAAUGCAAUCAAUGUGGCCAGGCUUUUCAGGUGUUUACACUUUCGGCUUCUUGAGAAUAUUCCCUAGGUAGAUGCUGUAUCAAUGAAAUGAAUGCAUCAGGGUUUUUAGACAAUCUGAAGUUAGGAUUCAGUAAAGAAGUCAUCCUGGAGAGAAAACUUACAAGUGACAUGAGGGUGUAGAACCUUUACUCGGGGCUCACAUCUCACCAACCAUCAGAUGAUCCAUCCUAGAGAGAACUUUCCAGUGUACAGAAUGUGGGAAGGCCUCUUGGUACUGCUUCAAACUCAGGGUUCACCAAACACUUUACUUAGAAAUGCAAUGACUGUGAUCAUUUUCAAAAUUGCCUCUCACUCUUUAGGUAUCUGAGACUAUAUAUUCUGGUAUUAAAUCACACAAAUAGAGUAUUUGUGUAAAGGAUUUUACUCAAACGUCUAAGUUGGGGAACAUACCUGGAGGAGUGCUUUACAAAUGCAACAGGAGUGGAAAAAGUUUCACCUUGGAUUGAAGUAUUAGGUAAGAGUCCAUAGUAAAGAGGAGUCUUGGAAAUGGAUGGGCAAGGGCUUUCUCUGGGGUUCAGAGUGCACUAGACUUCAGAAUAUAUGUCUUUCAGAGAAACCACACAAAAUGUGCACACUGAAGCUUUAACCCAAAGAUCAAAACUGUGAAACGUGAGUGGUUUUAUAUGGAGAGCAAGCUUGCACAGGUAAUGAAUAUUGUGCAGUUUUUUUCCAUCAAAUAUUCACCCCUUGGACAUAAUGAAGUGAUUCACGCAAGUCAGAAACUGUACAGUUACACCAAAUUUGGAAACACAUUGAAGAAAACCAUAUUUCCUCAAGAUUCCCCCCAAAAUUCUUAUCAGGGAGAAUCCGUACAGCUGUGAUGAAUUUGGUAAAAUUUUGGACAGUUGUUACAACAGAUCACAUAAGAGAUAAUUCAUUUUAGGAAUAAAUAAGUCCUUAGUUUUUCAACAAUUAACCUACUAUAUUACUACAGAAUAAUUAUGUUUCUAACUUAACGUGUGGAAAUGACCCAUUAUCUUCAGUGUGUAUUUAAUUGAGUUUUCUUGAGAAGUUGACAUUAUUUUUUAUGGCAUUUCUGCAAGGUUUGAAAGCUUUUAUAGCUUUCUUUGAGACUUUCAUGAUGGUCUGUGCAAAGAAAUGAGUAAGAUGAAGGGGCAGACUUCCUUAGCUGUGGUUCAUUCAUAUCUGUCUUUCGUGGGUAAACAGGGCCACUAAAAUAUCAAAUUCAGUGGUGUGUGAAUUAGAAUCAGUGAGGGACAGAGAAUCAUAUAAAAAGCUAAGACAUCAUUCUUAAAAUGCUGAGGGUGCCCUUCCGUAGAGAGGCCACCUUGGGUUAUGGGACUGAAUGCUGUACCAUUUGACCAUGAAAAGGGCAGGCUAGACAUUACAGGACUUGGGCUUUUCUUGGGAGGAGGGUUGACAGGUUAUUGGGGACUGAUUAUGUGGGAGAAGUUAUACCAGGGAAAUGCUGGUUGUUUUCUCCCUUAACUGGGAAUUGCUGUUGUAUAUAAAUGAUCAGUGGAAACUUAUUCUUUGAAAUUGAAGAGAGCAGUUUUCUUGAAGAAAAUUUAGUCAAAAGGACCAGAAAAGUAUGUGUGUGUAUCUGCUUCAGAUUAAUUGCUGCCGUUUAUAUUGUGCCUCUGUUUUAUUCAGAAUGUAUCCUAAGUCUUGUGCUCUAAUAAAGUUUGUAUCAUUUGUU